CUUCUUCUUCUUUAUUCUCAAAAAUAUAUCUAUAUAAAUAUGUCAAAAAUGAUACCCUCUACAAAAAAUUCAAGCGAAUCUAUAUCAAAUGAACGGCGAUUUCUUGAAACAGAUGAUGAUGAUGUAGCUAGGAUUGGAGAUUCAUUGGGAUAUGCAGCACAAAUACUUUACAGAUUCGGUAUACCUUUGGGCUCUGACAAGAAUAUUGCUGGCGAUCGAAAGAAAAAGAAUCCCAAGUCGGGUAAUGGUACGUCUAAAAUGAAAACCACAGGAAGAAUCGAUAUUCCUAUUGAGAACAAGUAUGAAGACGCACCAGAAAUACAACAAACACCGCAAGCUGAAUCGGAUGCAACCAAACUUACUUCAAAAGAGACGGAAAAUAAAAGACCAAAAAGGGGUAUAACCUUUCGAAGAGGACGUGGGCGACCCUUGAAGUUUAGCCUUGGACGUGGGCGACCUCGAAAGCUGUAUUCAGGAACAACUGAGAAAAACGAAGCAAAGGCCCAAUCAUUACAAGCAAACUAUCUUAUUCUUUACUCAUAAACAUUUUUGCUCGACUGUACUGUGUGUAAAGCUAAUAUAAAGUCUAGCAAAGCAUACAAAAAGGCUAUUGACGCCUUUCUUUUUAGAUGUUUUGAUUUAUCUAUUUUUUUUGUAAAAGAAAAAAAAGAGAAUAAUUAACCUUUUGUACUUCGUAUAUCUAUUUAUUUUUCUUUGCACACAAAUAAAUAUUUUGACCAAUC